AUGGAAGAAAGGGGUCGGACAGAGAGGAGGAAGUUCUCCUUCAGCAUUGAAGACAUCCUGGGCAGGUGCCCCCAAACCGGCAGGGUGAGAGAGGAGGCUGGGGAGGGCUCUUAUGCGCUCAUGGAGCUGGCCAAAGAUGAGGUGCCCCUGGAGGGUCUCCCACCUGUGACCCCGACGGACACCCUGGACCCGCCCUGUCUGUGCUGCUGCUACUGCUUGCGUUGUGGGGACCCCCUCAAGCCUGAGGUAGCACCUCCACCAGCCUCAGCUGGUCGGUAUUUGUGGUGCAGUAGACUGUUCCCGGAUUCGCCUGGGCCGGGGGACACUCAGGGCAGCCACGGCGAAGAAUUCCUUUUCAACCAGAUCCAGAGGCGCACCAGACGUCACCGCACCAUCUUCACGGAGGAGCAGCUGCACGCGCUCGAGGAGCUGUUCCUCCAGAACCAGUAUCCCGAUGUCACAGCCCGAGAGCAGCUGGCGCUCCGUACCCAUCUGCGUGAGGAGAGAGUGGAGGUGUGGUUUAAGAACCGCAGGGCCAAGUGGAGACGACAGAAGAGAAUUGGACUUGGCGUGGGAGAUUUGGGAUGGAAAGUUCUGGAGAAUACAGAAUGA